AUGGCCGGCAGCCUGGGGAACUCGGACGAGCUGCUGAAAGAGCUGGACCUGCAAAACUACGUGAGCUUCGUGAAGAGGUGCUUUAAAAAUGGAAUAAAAAAAGAGGAAGAGGACAUCUGCGCACAGGACUUGAGGAACCUGGCCAAGUGUCUCCCCAGGGUCUCCGGCGUGUGGUACGAUUUGCACAAAAACAGCUGGGAAGCCAGGUGGGCAGAAGGGACCAAAUCAGCCAGGAAAUACUACUCGGUGCAAAAGUUUGGAUUUCAUGAAGCGAGGAAACUAGCCAUCAAAACCAUCAAGACGAAGGAAAUCAAUUACAUAUAUAAUAGUAUAAACGAGGAUUUUAAUAAACCACUCAAGUGGAAUUUAAACAGUGAAUUCCUAGAGAUGAAUCAUGACCCUAUUAUUAAUUUGAAAAGGAAAUAUAGGUCCCCUAGUUGUAAGGUCAGGGAGAAGAAGAUUAAAAAGGACCCCAUCCAUGGGAACGUUGUGGGUAGGAAAAAUAAAGGGGAAAAGAAAAGCGCCGCUCAGACGAGGGGGGUGAGGAGGGGGCACGCCCACUACAGCUCUGCCGCGAGCUGCAGCGCCUCGCCGAAAAGUGGAACCCACAAGUUGGAGCAGCAGCAUGGCAUAUGGAGGGGCAAGCAGGAGGGGAAGAAAGCACCAAAUGGGGAGCUCACACCAAAUGGGGAGCUCACACCAAAUGGGGAGCUCUCACCAAAUGGGGAGCUCUCACCAAAUGGGCUGCUCCCACCAAAUGGGGAGCUCUCACCAAAUGGGCUGCUCCCACCAAAUGGGGAGCUCUCACCAAAUGGGCUGCUCCCACCAAAUGGGGAGCUCUCACCAAAUGGGCUGCUCCCACCAAAUGGGGAGCUCUCACCAAAUGGGCUGCUCCCACCAAAUGGGCUGCUCCCACCAAAUGGGCUGCUCCCACCAAAUGGGGAGCUCUCACCAAAUGGGCUGCUCCCUCUAAACGGGUUACACCCUCAUAGCACCUCCAACAACGAGGGGGAAGGCCACAGUGACGCUUCGCACUUCUUAGACGGCACCCCUUCCAAGCGGAGAAGCGACCAAGGAAUGGGCGACCCUACUAGCCAGCACGUCGUAGAAGGUGGUCUCCCCAAUACUCUCCUAAACGGGAAGGAAACAUCCACCAGCAUCGAAAUGGCGCUAUCUACAGAGGGAACCCCCCAGCCUUUUGUUCAUUUUGAUGAGGACAAUGGGAAGUGCCUAAGUGAGGAAGACCCUUUGGAGAAGGAGGACCUAUGCACCGUCAACGAAAAGGGGAAGAAUCCCUCCCGUACGGACAGUCUCAACGGUCACAUCAACGGGGUGAACGAUUAUCCCUCACUCCCCAUACGUACCCCCAGCGACUGCCUUAAAAUGGAGGAGAGCCAUUCGACCAAACCAGGUGGCGAUAGAGCGCCAAAGGAGGGGAACACACUCCACAAACAUACACUUCGCAAAAAAAACCCCAACUGCAAUAGGGAGGUGAACGGGAAGGAAAAAACAAACGUGGUGAAGUUCCCAGGCAGCAAAAUCCUGAGCUACAUGAGGCAACACAACAAGGCGAAGAACAAAAGCGCCCUGUAUGUUAAACAAAGUGGGCUCCUAAAAAUGGACUUGAAACAGCCACCUAGUAAGAUGCUCAGCAGGGAACAUGGCUCCGGGUGGAACCGAAAGAAUUUGAAGAAAAAAAAUUUGGUAAAUGAGAAAAGGACAGGCAUAAAUGGGGGGGCCCUUUUCGUUAAAAAGGUUAAAAGUUGUAAUCACGCGGAGGGGAAGAAGUGCAGGGGCUGCGACUUCAGGAGGAGGCAGCUGAGGGGCCUGCGCGGCCACGGCUCACUCUUCAUUUCGAGCAUGCUCCCCAACGGGGGGGAAACUUCCAAUGGGGAGGAGCCCCCCAACGUGGACCUGACGGAUCAACUCGGCACGGGUGAGGCCUUCCCCACGGAUGGGGAGGUGGACGCGCGGAAGGGCGACGAGGGGGGGAAACAGACAGGUAGGCAGCCGGGUGAACAGACGGUUAAGCAGUCGGGGCCCCUAAAGGAAGAAGCGCACAUGGAAGGCACAAAAACUGAGUACCCACAAACUGAGUACCCACAAAUGGAGUACCCCCAAAUGGAGCACCCCCAAAUGGAGCACCCCCAAAUGGAGCACCCCCAAACGGAGCGCACACCGGUGAGCGCCCCGAGGGGAGAAAAGGCCCAGCAGGUGAAGUGCUGCGUGGAGAUUAACCUAAAGGAAGUCAUCCACUCGGACACGCUAAGCAUUUUCAAAAAUGCAAUUAACUUGCUGCUAAACGACUUGAAGUGCAAAUGCGUGCCCCACCUGGACAAGCAGUUUUUGAACAUCCUGGAAAUCAUAGACAAUCACAUCAGCUACGUAAACUCCAUGCUCAGUGAGCACAUUUUAAUAACGUACGUGCACUUGUUUGAUAUUUGCGUGUCCAACAAUAUUCUGCCAAGUCAGUUGGACCAAAACGUGCAGAAGGUUUUUUGCAACGCGUUGAUUGCCUUUCACAUUCUCCUCUUUAACUUCCUGAGGGAUAGGCGGGGAUAG